GCGACCUCCAUCUUCUACCAAGAGUUUGUCGUCGACGAGGCAGUCUACCUCCACUUCUUCCUCGACGGCGCCGCCCCACUUCACCUGGGACGGCUUCGUUGCGCCGCGCUCACUUUCCUCGGAGUCUUCUUCAUCACUUCGUCCGCCGACACGAUGACUCACCUCGUCGACUCGCUCAUGAACCAGACGCCACUCUACCAACGGCGUGCAGCCUGCGCGCACCUUGCCUUGACUCCUCUCCCAUUGCAUACCUCAAGGCCCCCCCUCUUCGAUCCUCCGCCCGAUCCGCCUAGCGACCCGCCCCACGGCGACGGGGCGGACGGCAAUGGCGGCGACCCGGGCGGCGGAGGCUCUCGCAACCAAGCUCCGGCGGCGGGACCCAAGCGCAGGGCGGGCGACACGCGCUUCAAGCCUCUGCGCGAGGAGGAUGCCGCGCCCCCGCUCUCGCCGGGAGGGCGGGCCAUCGUCUCUGCGCCGGCCCGGCUCGACGUGAUCGCACCGCAGUCGGCCGUCGGGUCGUUGCGGACCUCUCGGUGGCGCGUGGUGCGGCGACGCUUGUUGCGACAGCUCGGCCCCGCACGCGACGGGCUGGCGAUCCUCAACGGCGUCGCAGGAGGGCAGACGGCCACCUUUCUGUGGAAGGACUCGACGCCACGCCUCCGCGCGUGAUAGCGAGAUCGGAAGAGGGCAGGGCGCAGGCCAACGCCCAAUGGACUCUCCCAGCGGACGGACAGGGCGCGUCGGCGGCGCAUGUGUGCAUAAACUCGCAUUUGUGUAGGUGUUGGCGUAUAAGCCUAUGUGCGGGCGCGUCGCGUGGCGCUCAUAAAACGAGGGAG